CCUCUUGGGACUCCUCCCCCUCUUUGCAGGAUGGACAAGGAGUCAGCAGAUGGGCUGCUCUUCAAAAACCACGACUUCUCCUCUGACUUGUUGAGGCAGCUCAAUGGCUUAAGACAAAGCAGAAUCCUGACUGAUGUAAUCAUCUGUGUUGGGGCCUGGGAGGUCCCCUGCCACCGAAACGUGCUGGCCUCCAGCAGCCCCUACUUCCGGGCCAUGUUCUGCAGCAACUUCCGGGAGAGCAUGGAGGCCAAGGUCCAGCUGAGAGGCAUUGACUCCACGACCCUGGAACAGCUCGUCCUGUAUGUGUACACGGGGGAGGUGCCCAUCACGGCUGAGAACGUUCUGCCCUUGAUGGAGGCUGCCUCCAUGCUGCAGUACCCCAAGCUCUUUGAGGCCUGCUCCUCCUACCUGCAGAGCCAGCUGACCCCCAGCAACUGCCUGGGUAUGAUCAGACUCUCGGAGAUCCUCAGCUGCGAGACCCUCAAGAAGACAGCCAGGGAGGUGGCCCUGACGUACUUCCCAGAGGUGGCCGCAUCUGCUGACCUGAAGGAGCUCUGCGCCUUGGAAUUGAGAGACUACCUGGGGGAUGAUGGGCUGUGCGGGGAGGAGGAAAAGGUGUUUGAGGCCUUCAUGGGUUGGGUCAAGCAUGACCUCCAGACCCGGAAGCGAUACAUGCAGGAACUGUUCAAGCUCGUCAGGCUUCCGUACAUCCACCCGGCCUUCUUCCACCACUUCAUCGCCAACGAUGCCCUCCUCCAGUCCUCGCCCUCAUGCCAGAUCAUCUUGGAGAUGGCCAGGAGGCAGAUGUUCUCUUUGUAUGGCACCACCAGUGUCCCAGACCUCCAACCUCCAUGGCACGUGCCCCCAAGGAACUCUUACCAAGACUUCCUCAUCCUCUUGGGUGGGAGGAAGGACAACCAGCAGACCACCAGGGACGUUCUGCUGUACCACAGACAGACAGGCCAAUGGCGGAGCCUCGCCAAACUGCCCACCCGGCUCUACAAGGCCGCAGCCGUUGCCUUGCACCGCAGCGUCUAUGUGCUGGGAGGCAUGGCCGUGGGCACGGAGAAGAGUGAGCCCAGUCGCCACGUCUACAUCUUCUCCCUGAAACUCAAUCAGUGGAGGCUGGGACAGCCCAUGCUGGCGGCCCGCUACUCCCACAGAAGCACCUCCCAGAAGAACUUCAUCUUCUCUAUCGGGGGCAUUGGAGAAGGGCAGGAGGUCUUGGGCUCCAUGGAGAGAUAUGACAGCAUCUGCAACGCCUGGGAGAACAUGGCCAGCAUGCCAGUGGGGGUUCUGCACCCUGCAGUCGCUGUGAAAGACCAAAGACUCUACCUUUUCGGGGGAGAGGACAUCAUGCAGAACCCUGUGCGCCUUAUCCAGGUUUACCACAUUUCCAGAAACACGUGGUUCAAAAUGGAGACGAGAAUGAUCAAGAAUGUGUGUGCCCCCGCAGUGGUGCUUGGGGAGCGGAUUGUCAUCGUGGGAGGUUACACAAGGAGGAUUCUAGCUUAUGACCCUCAGUCCAACAAAUUUGUCAAAUGUGCGGACAUGAAAGACCGGAGGAUGCACCAUGGGGCGGCGGUGAUGGGGAACAAGCUCUACGUGACAGGCGGCCGGCGGCUGACCACGGACUGCAACAUCGAAGACUCGGCCUCCUUCGACUGCUACGACCCAGAGACAGACACCUGGACAUCCCAGGGACAGCUGCCUCACAAACUCUUUGACCACGCCUGCCUCACUCUCCAGUGCAUUCCCCACACCUCCACCUUCUCCUGAGGUCGAUCAGAAACCAAAAAAUUGGCUGUGUUAGUCCAGAUGCUUUUGUUGCAAGAGACAGAACCCAACUCCAAAAAGCUUAACCCUAAACAGGUGUAGCGAGAGCUCACAAGACUCAAAGUUCCAGAGUAUGGAGGCCUGGAAUCAGGCCUUUGUUGGCAAA